CGCCCGCUCCCCUCGCCCGCGCCCGCGUCCGCGCGCGCGCGCCCUGUGCGCCAGCUCGCCCGCGCGCCCGCUCUCCCCCGCCCGCUCAACCGCCCGCCCGCUCGCUGGCUGAACGUUGAUUUUUGUAGACUGAUCCCCCAUGUGGUGUCGGAUCGAACCGCAUUGAUAACCCAUUUGUGCCACAAGUGCUUGCUUUCUUGAGCCUCCAUCAUUCUGCCAACCCCCCUCUGCCCCAGCCGCCUUGGGCGCGCAGCCACGGAGGAAGAGGAUGGCGGGGGAAUGAAGAUCCGCAGCAGGCUUCUCGCGCGGCGCGGCGCGGAUUGCCCUCCCCCCUCCCCCCCCCCUCUUCCCCCGCUGGCUCCAGGAGGGAGCCAAGCGGCUGAACGAGACGGAGCGCGAGAACCAGCUGUGCGGGCGCAUGAAGGAGAUCUUCCAGAACGCCGUCUCCUCGUCCACCAGGUCCCUCGGCGACCAGUGCGGCUCGCCGAGCGCCGCUGGGAUCGUGAACGGCGGCGGCGACCAGGCCAUCUCCUGGGAGCAGUUCAAGGGCCAGCUCAACAGCCCGUACCUGGUCGAGCUCCUCAACAUCUUCGACAUCGAGCGGUCCCAGGCGAAGGCCCUGUUCAUGCUGCUGGACCGCGACGGGACGAAGACGCUCACCGUGGAGGAGUUCGUGAGGGGCGCGCUGCGGCUGAGGGCGCCCGCAAGGGCGUUCGACGUGGCCGCGCUGCAGCGUGAGGAGAGGGCGAACGCCAGGAAGCUCAGCACGCGCGUGGACUUCGAACCCUGCAAGUGGCCUCGCUCGCUGAGCGCUCUGGGCCCAAACGGCUACGCAUGUGACACAUAUUGCAGCUCAGGUGACCAAGAUCGUCCCGGUUCUGGCGUAGUCUCAUUUUUCGCAUGGGCAUCUCUGCAUGGGGCUUCCCGAGGACGGCGUCGAGGCGCAGAUGAGGCACUUGGCGGCCGCUGUGGGUAGCGGGGACGCCUCGGAUUGGUGUCCUCCAGCGCGGGAGAGCCUGGAGUGUUGUCCGAGCCGAUGACGCGGCGCCUGGUGAGAGCGGACGGAAGAAUUUGCUGCACGGGUGACCUCAGCGGUCGGUUGGCUUCCCCAGCGUCAGCAUUUUUCGUUCAGCAUGGAGGAAAGGAGUUCUCCUCGUCCUCCUUGUUGCCUCCCCCCACCACCUCCCCCUCCUGGUCGUCU